AUCUCCCUACCCAGCACAUGAGUUGGGGCUAAUUUUGCCAAUCUCCUUCCCUUUAACACAGACCUCCCUGUGGUUCUGCCAAGUGAGUCACUUGUUGCAGAAUAACACGGUCCAUUAAAACUGUGGCGGAUCUUGGAGUUGUGUAACUGAAGAGAAGUAAAACACAGGAAGAGAUGUAAAACCGACGCUCCGUCGCCUGUUUUAGACUGUUGUAAGAAGUCGGGGUCGACUCGGGAAGCAAGACAAUUGUGGUGAAAAUGGCUUACUUGUCGAAAAAUGAUGGAAAUGUCCUUGCACCAGACCAACUCCCACCACCACAGCCGCUGGCCAACAUCCCACAAUUGUUGCAAAACAUGGGAAACAGUCCUCUGAACCAAUCCAUAUCUACAAUUCUCAAUCAAAAUAAUUCUGGUGUACAGGCGAUGCUUAAAGGAAAACUCAAGGCCCUGGGUAUAACAGAGAUUGUGACAGGUAUCAUCACCAUGAUGAUUGGAAUCAUACAAAUCAGCAUUAUGUCAGAUCAAUAUGUCAAUAACUUUUCGAUAUCAAUUGGGACACCUUGGUGGACUGGAGUUCUAUUUAUUAUUGCAGGGUCACUUGCUGUAGCUGUUGAGAAGGAACCAACUCAUGGCAUGAUCAGAGGCUGCUUAUCAAUGAACAUCAUCAGUGCCAUUAUCUGUUUACCAGCAAUAAUAAUAUAUUCUGUAAACCUUGCGAUUCCAGCAUAUUGUUAUGAUUCGUAUACCUGUCAAACUGAUGGUUUAGUUAUAUGUUUGGCCAUACUUCUCCUGCUGACACUGCUUAAUGCGGCAAUAUCCAUUUCAGUUUCGAGUUUCAACUGUAAAGCUAUGAACUGUUGCUGUGCAAAACCAGUGCCGAUUAUUAUCAUGUACAACACCACAUCUGCACAACUGAUUCCCACCCAACAGUUCCAAGAGAGACCUCCACCCUACAACAUUGCAACGAUGGGAAAUGUAGAAGUUGGAUAACAAUGGGUUUCUGAUGAAAUUCAGCUCAGCGCAAGUUAUCUCAUCUUAUAGAAGUUUGGCCCAAUAUUAUUAGAAUGUGUGUAAAGAUUCAGGAUUCUGUUCAUUUUGUUCUUGAGCUGCACGUGCUUCUGCCAAGGCUACAUUUAUCGCCCAAACCCUAGUUGUCUUGAGAUGGCAGCAUUGGGCUUUCUAUUUUAGGCUGCUUCAGGGGGCAUUGAAUUCCCCCAUUUACAGUGGACCAGGGUUGCAUGUACCCCAUGCAAACUUUGUCUGUGUUUUUGGGGAGGGGAUAAUGGUAUUUUUCAAUCAACUUGUAAUGUGUAAUGGAGAUCAUAGGGUGAGACUCCUCUUCAAAUGAUUGCUUCUAUGGGAUAGAUAGUCAGGGGUUCCUGAUGUUGCUGUAUUGUUCUGCUGUAUAAUAAAUCUACACAAAUAUAAAA